AUGAAAGGAAGACAAUGGAUCCUGAUGGACACGAUGUCCUCCACUCACUCACAGUAUUUGAAAGCGGCUCUGUACUCAUACUUUAACGUCCAAAAACCACUGGGAAAGUUCUUGUCGAAUGGAUACCAUCUUUUAUAUUUCAACCCUAAACAUGAAGAAACAGAGCUCUCAAAGGAUGGUUAUGAUUCUCAUCAAAUUCCUGCCAACCUGAUGUUUAAAAGAAGGCUUUGGACAGGUGGUCAAAUAGACUUUUUACAUCCAGUUGCUUAUGACUCUCAAGCUGUAUGUGUUGAAUCAAUUCAAAAUUCGAAAUCAUUUGGUGAGAACCACAUGGUCACUAUUCAAAGAGAAGUUGUGGCCGAUGGGUUGAUUUCACUUGUUGAAAGAAGGUCGUUAUUUUAUACGAAUGAUUUGUAUAAGAAAAGUACUCCACAAUUUCCACAAAAACCAGCUAUAUAUACCCAUGAAUUGAAGCCAACCGAUAUUCUGCUUUUCAGAUAUUCCAGUUUAACCUUUAAUGCCCAUAGAAUUCACUACAACAAAGACUAUGCCAUGAGAGAAGGCUACCCUAAUAUAUUAGUUCAUGGACCGUUAACUGUCACGCUGCUGUUGGAAUGGUUUUCAACGUUGUUCGGUGAUCUAGUAGUAAAGUCAUUCAAGUAUAAAAACAUUGCGCCUUUAUUUGCCAAUGAAAAAAUCAAGCUUUGCUUAGGACAAACAAGUGAUUUAAAGUAUGAUACUUGGAUAGAGAAUGAAGAUGGUGAGUUAUGUGUGUCUGGAACAAUUGAGGUGAUAAACAACGAUGUUUAA